CUUCGUAAGGAGGUCUAAACAGACACCAAAAUAGACACAGCCCCAGAACAGAGUCUAAUUUUAUUUCUUGGUAAAAAAGACUCAAAAAAUUUCCCGAGAAAGUGACACCACCUCUGAAGAUGGCUAGCAGAAAGCUGGUCCGUGACUUGCUUCUCUCCAAGCGUUCCGUUUAUAGUCAGAUGUUGAGACCUCCUCCAUUGGUUUCAACUUCAGGUACAAGAAUGAGAUUGUUUCCGGCAAACGGGUAUGUGGGUAGUCGUCAAUUUAGUGUCUUUAAUGAGCUUUCCAAGCAGGUUAAAGGCGAAGUUAACAGAAAUCCGGAAUUCCAACAGUCUGUCAAGGAACUGAAGGAAAAAGCGGAAGAUCUGAAAGGGGUUAAAGAAGACCUGAAAGUUAGAACAAAGCAGACAACUGAGCAGCUGUACAAGCAUGUUGAUGGUGCGUGGACAGAGGCUGAAGCCACGGCGAAAAAGGUUUAUGCCAAUGUGGAGGAAAAAAUUUCAGCUGCGACAGACGAGGUCAAAGGAACUUUUGGGAUGGGGAAGCAAGAGUCUUCAGGGUCAUCUGGUAAUUCAGCUAAUCAUGAUUUUAAUAUGAAAGAUGGAAGCCAGUCCGCAUUUGGAGAAGAAAAGCAGCAGCAAUCUGGGCCUGGUGAAACUGCGGAAACAAUAUUUGGCAAGGUCAAGUCUAGUGUUUUUUCCAUUUCUCCAAAGGUUACACUAGCUUUCCAGAAAUUAAAGGAAGCAAAGCCUGUUGACUUGGCAAAGAAGGGCUAUGACAUUGUAAAGGAAGAGCUGAGCGGCAACCCACAUAAGAGAAAGCACCUUGAAUAUACAACAUCUUCUGCAGGCCCCUCAUCUCGAGGUGGGAGGAGUACUAGAACUGACGUUGUCGUCUUGCCAACAAAGCAGUCUCGAUGGAGUAAGAAGUGGGAGGCAUUCAAAGAAAAGAUGCAAGGUCAUCCUGUAUUCAAGCGCGUCAGUGGUUUAAGUGAACCUGUUGUGAUAAAGAGCCGGGAGUUCAAAGAAGACGUGCAGGAGAUGUGGGACACUAGUGAUCAUCCAGUUGUUCACAAAAUACAGGAUAUCAAUGAAAAUGUCUUUGGAGAAACAGCUGCUGCAAUGUCAUUCAAGGAAAUACGUCAGCGAGAUCCAUCUUUUUCGUUACCAGAAUUUGUGGCUGAGGUCCAAGAAGUGGUCAGGCCAGUCCUCACUGCUUACUUCAAGGGAGAUAUUGAAGUUUUGAAGAAGUAUUGUAGUUCUCAAGUGAUUGAGCGGUGUAAGGCAGAGCGUAAGGCUUGUGAAAACCAGGGCAUCUUUUUUGAUAACAAGAUUUUACAUAUAUCUGAAGUUGAAGUAAGAGAGACAAAAUUGAUGGGGGACUCUCCCAUAAUCAUAGUUGCGUUCCAAACACAACAGGUCUACUGUGUGCUCGAUAAACUUGGCUCGAUAAAAGAGGGGGGCAAGGAUACCAUCCACACAGUGUACUAUGCUUGGGCUAUGCAACAAGUGGAUAGUGAAGUACUUGGAGAAGAUGUUCCUCAUGCAAUAUGGAGGCUUCUAGAAGUGCAACAAUUUGGUGUCCAGGCGCUUAUAUAGUUAUGCAUUUCCCCUUCAGCAUCUUCAUUCUUCAUUAUGUUGAUGAUGGAUGUUGAAUCAGACAAGUCUUCUCUGGGUUUUGUUUUUGUGCCAGGGGCAAUUUUACACAAUUAAUGUUUAUUUAUUUCCAUUGAAUAAGAAAUUGACUAUUAUUGAAAAUUUAUUCGUAUACGAGGAAGGACUGUUGAUCAAAAUUUUGCUUCAAUACGGGGUGAGCGAUUAGGAAAAGUGAACUAGAAUGUUAUGCUUCCUGCUUUAAAUAGGUAAUUUUUCUUUUGGACAACAAUAUGUUACAUCACUUGUUUAGAAGGUAUUAACUGUUUUUUCUUUCCAUGUGCUUUGGGGUGACAUUUGAUAGACUACAGUAUAAUGAUACUCUUACCAAGUUUUCACAUCAAAUUUCUCAUCGGGAAUGAUAUGGUGCGACACCUCCAUUUUGUGUUAAUGGGAU